GGACGGUUGCAACAUGUGGCAGUUGCAACACUGAGGAUUCCUCCAAUCAGAAACGAGCUACAGUGAUGACACUCAUUUUGCACAUGCUCAGUGAGACCCUCUUUCUUCCUGCAACUUUUCAGCAAGAUUGGAGCAUCUGUUCUGGAAGAACCAGAAAUCAAGUAUGCCACGAAACAGAGAGCGAAAGACAGAUAGGGGUGUCCCUGUACAAGUGCUCCGUUUGGCGGCAGAGGUGAUCAGGAGUGAGGGCAGGUCAGCGAGGUCUGUGGCGAAGGAGUUUGAAAUCUGUCACACAACACUGUACCGAUUCUGCAAGAAAUUAGAGAGGGCAGGUCCAGGUGAAGAGAUCAGGACAGGAUACUGGACGCCAAGGAGGGUUUUUACAGCUGAACAGGAAGCUAUUUUGUCGAAUUACCUUAAGACAGCUGCAGAUAUGUUUUAUGGGCUGUGCACUAAAGAGGUUCGUCGUCUGGCUUAUCUGCUGGCUGUCAGGUAUGGAUGCCAAUACCCAGGGACAUGGGAUGAGCCAGGCCUGGCUGGCCGCGAUUGGUUGAUGGGCUUCCUACACCGCCAGCCAACCUUGUCAAUAAGGCGCCCCCAAGCCACCAGUCUUGCCCGUAAUAUACACUUCAAUAGGCACAAUGUGUCCUUGUUCUUCAAUAAUUUAGAUGAAGUCCUCCGAAAGAACAACUUGCAAGGUGGUCUCCCCUCCUCUUCAGUGGCCCCUCCAGUUCCUGCCAGUGUGUCCUCCUCUUCAGUGGCCCCUCAAGUUCCUGCCAGUCUGUCCUCCUCUUCAGUGGCCCCUCAAGUUCCUGCCAUUCUCCCCUCCACCUCAGUGGCCCCUCCAGUUCCUGCCAGUGUGUCCUCCUCUUCAGUGGCCCCUCAAGUUCCUGCCAGUCAGUCCUCCUCCUCAGUGGCCCCUCAAGUUCCUGCCAGUCAGUCCUCCUCCUCAGUGUCCCCUCCAGUGCAAGGUGGUCUCCCCUCAAAUUCUGGCCAGUACUUCGAUGUACACAUGUUUUCACCUGAGCUCAUCCGACCCCAUCCCAAAGCGACCCAACGCAAGGCAAAGGAAAACGGCAGGAGAAAACGAAAGUCAACAAUUCUGACAGAUACCCCUGAAAAGAAGGCGUUGGAGGAAGAAAACAAAACAAAGAAAGGAAAGAGAAGGCUGAGCCAGAGCACACUGCAGCCGCAGCCAAUUGGAAAUACUGAGGAAAUGAGAGGAAAGAAAAAGCAAAAGCAAAAGAGGAAAAACAUUGAAAGAGAUAGCCAUUCAGAGGAGGCCUUUUGCAUUGUUUGCUUGGAGAGCUACUCAAAGCCCAAGGAGGUGUGGCUACAAUGUCUAAUGUGUCAGAAGUGGGCUCAUGAAGCCUGCACUGAUGGCAGCUCAGUGUACGUUUGCCACAAUUGUGAGACCGAAAGUGAUUAAUUUUCUGAUGGUGUCUGAUGUUUUCCAAUGUCUAGUGUUAUGUUAUAUUGUUAUGUUAUGUUAUGUUGUUAUGCUAUGUUCAGUUAAUUCAAGACAAAAAAGUUCAUCCAGGCACUCUAUUUCUAUUUCUAUUAUCAAUUUGUUAACAACUAAAAUGUAAUUGACAGAAAAAAAAGUCUGUGAUUUUGUAUGGUUCUUAUGAUAGGCUAUAUUAUUGUUAUUAUACUAUUGCUUAUAUUAUUAUUAUUAUUAUAAUAAUGAUAAUUAUUAUUAUUAUUAUUAUACUAUUGCCUUUUCUUUUUGUUACUAAGAUAAUGAAAUAAAAAAGGAUAAAUGAU